AUGUCGCUCUACCUGGUAGCAGCCGCAAUGGCGGCCGAGGCGGUGUCAGCAACUUGGGGGACGUCGUUCGUCCCUUCCAAUGGCAUCUUCAUGCCAAGGCCAAGAGUUCAGGGGAUGAAGGCCCCUGUUCUCAGAUCAGCUCGGCCAAGGCAGAGCUGGACUAUGGCGAAGAAGAAGGACUUUGAUAAGAAAUAUGACGACGCCUUUGAUGAUUUCCGUACUUCAGGAAGCAUGCCUGAUAUUCCCAGUUUGAGUGAGCAAUACUCUGCUGCUGCUUCCUUUGCCCGCCAAAGCGGUAUUCCUGUGAAAGGUGAUGAGGGUUUCGGGAAGCGCGUUACAGAAGAACAACAAGUACUGGAGAGCAUGCAGAAAGAAAGCAUGCAAAAUUACCAAGAGUUAAAAGAAGAGCUUCUUCUAGACACAUUUUUUAUCAGCUCGGUCAUUUUUUCAAUGAUGAAUCUUUUCUUGCCCGAGUCCACCGUGAAUAGCUUUGUGAUAGGCGCCGUCUCAAGUCUUGCGUAUGCAUUUCUCCUCACGCGCACGGCAGACAGGCUGGGAGAGUCUGGGAACAGAAGCACAAUGUUCGAUCCCAGCACACCAGCAAGAUUUGGGCUCCUUCUCGUUCUCAUUGUCGCUUACACUAAAAACAAGGAGUACCUUGAGAUUCUCCCAAUGUUAUUUGGAUUUUUCUUCCCUUACAAGAUGGCUUCUCUCCGGCCUGCAUUGACUUCAACAUCGCCCUUGAAGCCAAAUGAGAUUCGGGUGUACAGGUUUUAG